AUGCUGAUCUGGACAAAUACGGAUGCAUUGAAACUACAUCCAGGGGUGGGCAAAUCGACCUUGGCGAGGAGGUAUGCGGAAGGGACGUUUUCCCCGCAGACAACGAGGCCGACGUUGAACGGGAGCUUGUUUACAAGAAAGUUGAAUUGGGAGGGUGGUGAGGUCAGGUUGCAGAUUUGGGAUACGGUCGGCGAGGAACGGCAUCGAUCUUUGACCAAGCUUUAUUACCGAGGCGCCCAAGCGGCCAUCAUAGUCUACGACAUCACCUCCGAAUCCUCCUUCGAGGACGUUCAGACCUGGUUGUCCGAGUUGCGCAAUAUGAUCGACGAAGUCCUGAUCUUCAUCGUCGGUGCCAAGUGGGACCUGACCAAGGAAGGCAAACGGGUGGUC